UCCUUUUUUUGUGUCUUUGUAGUUGGGACUCUUCGAGGCCACUUUCAAAAAAAACCGCACCCACGGGAGCGCUGACGUUUGACAUUCGAGGGCUCCACGCCAAUUUAACUCCGCCUCUCCGGCGUAUGCAGGUGUUGUUGUCGAACGUGAAAAAAAAAAAUACACAACGUCGGCGAUAGACCAAUCGGAGCGUGGCUUUGCGCUAAUUGACACGGGAAUCGGCCAAUUAGCUGGCGUCUCACCUCGCGUCGUGACCAAUCAGCGGGCGCACACGCAAACAACACCCUCCUCUUGUUCAGCACCCAAAGUGGAAGGAAAGCUGUGUGGCCUUUCAAUGGAGAGGGCAGAAGUGGCGUCAAACAUGCGUCAAAAUCCACGCCAUCCAAGCAGGGAACCACCGAGAGAGGACUUAACGCCGCUCAUCUGAGGCCAACUUUUGUUAUUUUUUUUGUUGUUGUUGCUGCUCGAAUAAGGAAACACGACUUGGCUAAGCUAGCUAGCUAGCGUUAGUCGCGGGGGAAAUCACACCUUCGCGCCGCAGGAGGCGACACUAGUAUCACUCAAGAUUGGAUCCGAACGACGGGAACACCUGUAGGCAGCAAUGGGUGCGUUCCUGGACAAGCCGAAGACGGAGAAGCACAGCGCCCACGGCGAAGGCAACAGUCUGAGCUAUGGCCUGAGCUCCAUGCAGGGAUGGCGGGUGGAGAUGGAGGACGCCCACACGGCCGUGGUAGGCCUCCCCCACGGACUCACCGACUGGUCCUUCUUUGCCGUCUAUGACGGCCACGCGGGCUCGCGGGUGGCCAACUAUUGCUCUGGCCACCUGCUGGAACACAUUCUGUCGGGGGGAGCAGAGUUCGGAUCCGGGCCGGGCUCCGUGGAAGGCGUGAAGGACGGCAUUCGUGCCGGUUUUCUGAAAAUUGACGAGUACAUGCGGAGCUUCGCCGACCUGCGGCAGGGCUUGGACCGCAGCGGUUCGACAGCAGUUUGCGUGCUGCUCAGCCCCACCCACCUCUACUUCAUAAACUGUGGAGACUCACGGGCCGUGCUGAGCCGAGACAGCAAAGUGGGCUUCUCCACCCAGGACCACAAGCCCUGCAACCCGCGCGAAAAGGAGCGAAUCCAGAAGGCCGGAGGCUCGGUCAUGAUCCAGAGGGUGAAUGGCUCCCUGGCCGUAUCCCGGGCCCUGGGGGACUAUGACUACAAAAGCGUGGAUGGUAAAGGCCCCACGGAGCAGCUGGUGAGCCCCGAGCCUGAGGUGUGCGUUCUAGAGCGGGCUGCCGAAGGCGACGAGUUUAUUGUGCUGGCGUGCGACGGGAUCUGGGACGUCAUGUCUAACGAGGAGCUGUGCGACUUUGUGCGCUCGCGACUUCUGGUGUGCGACGACUUGGAGAAAGUUUGUAACUCGGUGGUGGACACCUGCUUGCACAAGGGGAGCAGAGACAACAUGAGCGUCGUCUUGGUAUGUCUACCCGGAGCGCCCAAGAUCUCAGAGGAGGCUGUGAAGAAAGAGGAGGAAUUAGACAAAUACCUGGAGGCCCGCGUAGAGGAGCUGCUUACAAACUGCGGCGAGGCCGGGACCCCCGACCUGGUGACUGUGCUGCGGAGCAUCGCCACAGAGAACAUCCCCAAUCUUCCACCGGGUGGCGGCCUGGUUAGCAAACGCAGCGUGAUCGAGGCGGUGUACAACAAGCUGAACCCUCAUAAAGAAGAGGAAGGGGCCUGUGCGGGGGGAGAGGAGGAGAAUGAGGAGGCAGGUAGCACGGUGGCUCAUCUGAUGGAGGCGCUGCGCCAGUUCCGCCUGCACCACCGGGGGCAGUACCGAGCGGUGCUGGAGGAGUCUCUGGCCACCUACCAACUGCAUCCCAAGGAAGGCGACGACGACGACAAUGAUUAUGACCAGGAGCGGUCCACCUCCCCUGCCUCUCCCCGCUCGCCCCCGCCCUCACCCGCCGCCGCAGAGCCCGACGCCUGCCAGGACGCACUCGCUCCCGAGUCCGAUCCCUCUUUUUAACAGCGCAGCCCUUCCUCACCUCCGAAUGUCUUGAUUGACCGAGCCCCUCUUCUUCUCCAUCACAGACCUCUUAGACACACUUUCUUCACUCCAUCAUAAAUAUUUCAACAACGCAGGCCUGUCUGCUUGAGUUAAAACACUCCGCCCGGCGAGGACUUCCUGCUCUGCCCCUCCCACUAUUUUUUUUUUCCUCGGCCAUGUUUUUUUUCAACAGGAACCCACCAGCGAAAGCUGCUAAUGCUAAAUAGAAGCUUUGCUUAACAGUAUUGUUUUUUCUGUCUGGCUGCUAUUGCACUCCCCCUCCCUUUACCUUGAUCUCCAGUGCCCCCCUUUCCCCCCCGCCAAACAGUCAGGGCAAUUAAGGGUGCUCAGAACAAGAUUUUCUUCAGCUUUCUGAUUCCGAACAUACUUUGUGUGUGUGUGUUUUGUAUACAAGGUUGUGUGCGUGCGACUGAGCAGGUGACCAAUCAUUGCUGCUGGGAUUAUUCUAUUGUAUAACUAUUAUCAAGAGUUCCAGUUUGUUUGGAAAUGCCAAUUGUGUGUGUGUGUGUGUGUGUGCGUGCGUGUGUGUGUGAGAGAGAGUUGGUGGGUGUUUUCCGCAGCACAUUCAGGUGGGAAAAAAUCAAAAGAUUCAGUGGCAGUUUGAAUAAGGGCCCUUCAAAAAGCUAGUGUUUAUUAUUAUUAUUACUACUAUUAUUAUUAUUAUAUGACUGAUUCUGGUCAUCCAAAGCACUUAGGUAAUGCUUAAUACUGUAUGUGUGUGUGUGUGUGUGUUUAGUGGUUACAUGGGGCCAAAUCAGUCUUGCAAGACAAAAGUAAAGUCAUAGAAUAAAAGCAACUUGAGGUACAAGUGCUGUGAAUUGUUGAUGUAUGUGUGUCUCACUGUAAUCUGCCUUUAAUCAUCCCCCAAUCAUCACCUCCAUCAUCAUCCUCAUUGACGUGCAGGGUCAGUAAAUAACAAAUAACACAACCAAAUAUGAAGAAUCGCUAUGCUAUUAACUGUUUAAGACCCGACAGGUGCCGUCACGACGCUCCCCGCCAGUGUGCCGGCGAGAUGGAAGACCCCUGCUAGCUGUGGCAACCACUCGCAUCCCCUCCUGGAGGACGACAAGGAGGAGGAGCGUGUCUUUCCAUUGCGCCGAUUUCUUUCUCCACUUAAAGGAGGGGGGGUGGGGACUUGUGGUUUGUGUUGGAGUGUAUGUCGGUUAUGAAUGUGUGUGAAGCGGGGGUGGGGGGGCGAGAGGUGAGACUAUGACAGCACACACGCCUCAAAGUGGGAGGGGGAGAAAAUGUCAAGAUUUUAUGAACUGAAGCAUUGUGACGGUAGAGAUAAUAAUUUUUUUACCGUUUAUUUUUCUUGAAUGUGGACGCCUGACUUCACAUUGACAUGAGGACCGUGUGUUUGUGUAGAAUGACGCAUAAAGACAUUAGGUUCUUUUCUUGGACUAUUUUUUUUUUCCCCCCCAAGGGCGUCCUUCUGGCCCUGCUCUGCCCACACAUCCUAAACACUUCCCAACACACCCCCCACGCAGCAUCACUUCCACCCGUGCACGUACUGUAAGUGAUGUCGCCUUAGGCAGGCUCCACUGCAUGAGGACAUGGACAGUCAUUGGUUGACACUGACUGACACGCCCCCACCUCGAGUGACCCUCUGGACUCUGAUUGGCUCUCUUGUCUUUGUGUCGUCACAGUGAUGAUAAACAUAACUGAGAGGAAAGGAAGAUGAUGGACUUAAUCGGGAUGGGGGGGUAGUGUAAUAUCACUGGUUGGACUGUUUUUGUUUUUUUAGGGGGGGGGGCGUCUGCCAUACCCCCUACGUCACAUUUGGAAGUGCACAUGGCGGCAUGUUUUUUUUUUUUGGUCCCCCCCACCACCUUCCUUGUUAUUUUUUUUUUAAUGUCCAAGAGGUUGUUACUCCUAGCUGCUCGCUUGGUAGAGUGAGUGAAGUUGUUGUUUUAAUAAUCCAGUUGUUUCUGGUUCUCAUGUUUGUAUUGCUGUUGUUUGUUUGCACUCACAUUUGAUUACAGAAAGCGUAUAUAUAUGAAAUAAAACAGCAAAAACUA